CCCUCACAAAAUCCCCAGGUUCCAGCGCACCACCAUUUAACUGAUCUGUCUUGGCACCAAAACAGUGAGCUAAUAAUCCAGGAGGCCUGAGAGAGGAAAUCCAGUGACCAUCUUGGCUUCUGGGGGAAGGAGAGUAGAAGGAGAGUAGAAGAAGAGCAGAAGAGAGUAGAAGGUGAUUCCUCCCAUAGAAGGAGAGUAGAAGAAGAGAAGAAAGGAGGGAUUUUUAGGAGUAAUGGAGGAAGUGGAGGAGGGAGAGGAGUACCUCUUCAAGAUAGUGAUCAUUGGCGACUCAGCGGUUGGGAAGUCGAAUCUUCUUUCGAGGUACGCGCGGAACGAGUUCAACAUCAACUCCAAGGCCACCAUUGGGGUGGAGUUCCAGACGCAGAGCGUGGACAUCGACGGCAAGGAGGUCAAGGCCCAGAUCUGGGACACUGCCGGCCAGGAGCGCUUCCGGGCCGUCACCUCUGCCUACUACCGCGGCGCCGUCGGGGCCCUCAUCGUCUACGACAUCUCCCGCCGCACCACCUUCGACAGCGUCUCCCGCUGGCUCCAGGAGCUCAGCACACAUUCUGACACCACCGUUGCAAGGAUGCUGGUUGGCAACAAAUGUGAUUUAGAGAAUAUUAGAGAAGUGUCGGUUGAGGAUGGUAAAAGCUUAGCAGAAGCUGAAGGGCUGUUUUUCAUUGAGACCUCAGCCCUAGAUUCUACAAAUGUAAAGAAGGCCUUUGAGAUUGUUAUCGGGGAGAUAUACAACAAUAUCAGCAGGAAGGUCUUGAAUUCCGAUUCCUAUAAAGAAGAAUUGUCUCUGAAUAGGGUAAGCCUUACCAGCAAUGGCACUGAUGAGUCCAAACAAACUUUCAACAGGUUUUCUUGCUGCUAAAGUUGCUUGUUUUAAUCCAAGAAAUGGUACAGUGUGUUAAAGAGCAUUCUCAUAGCUGGUCAGUUAAUUCUAAAUACAGAAUGAAUUUUGGUUUUCUUGCUGAAAGUUUGUUAGCAGGUUCUUAUAUGUUGCCACUAGAGCUAAAUUGUUGUGCUGCGUAAACCAUGGCAUGCACUUGUCAUGGUUCAAUAAGAUUGAGAUGGUUAUUAGUUUGCUUAUAAUGGAGAGUUGUUUGUCAUCUUAUCUUGUUGCGAGCAUCAUGGACUGAUGGCACCAUAACUUAAAUAUACAUUUUUGUUUUAAA